AUGGAGGCUGCUCUUGUGGGUGUUGGCGUGGGGGUGAUGAAGCCGCUCCUGGAGAAGCUCUUCAAGCUGUCGGAGGAAGAGUACGCCCGGCUCAAAGUCAAAGGCUUGGCUCGUCAGGUCGAAGCCACGAGAGAUGAGAUGUGCAGCAUGACGGCCGCGCUAGAGGCGCUUGAGGAUGCCGAGCAGCUGGACCCUGAGAUGAUACCUUGGAGGGACGACGUCCGCGAGCUGUCCUACGACAUGGAAGAUUGCCUUGAUGACUUCACGGCUCGUCUUGACCACGAGGGCGGUGGGCAUACAGGCCUCAAGGGGUUCUUUGACAAGCUAAAGAAGCUCAAACCAAGCCAUGAGAUCGCUGUCGAGUUCGAAAAGCUCAAGGCCCGGGCUAUCGAGGCAAGCAAGAGGCACAAGAGGUACAAAAAUGACUUCCCAAUACCCAACUCUAUCACCUCUGAAAUUGAUCCCAGGCUGCAUGCACUUUAUGUGGAUGUUGCUAAGAUUGUGGGCAUGGACGAUCCUAAGAAGCAUAUCAUUGAGCGGCUCAAGAAUGAAGAUUUUUCUACCCCGCUUCAAGUGGUGUCGAUUGUUGGUACAGGUGGUCUUGGUAAGACUACCCUAGCAAAACCUUUCAAAAAAAAAAGACUACCCUAG